CUGCGGCCGCACCGCCCCGCGCCGCAGGAAGCACCGCCCGUGCGCCUUCCUCCUUCUCUUCCUCCUCCGCCUCCGCCCGCCUCCUGCGGUGGCGGCACGGCCAUGCAGCAGUACUUUUCCCUGGCCGACUGCGAGGUGAUGGGCUUCGAUCUGGAUCACACGCUGUGCCGUUACCACCUCUCGCAGAGCGCGACGCUAAUAUAUGAUAGUUUUGCUCAGUAUCUGGUAACGGAGAAGGGUUACGACAAAGACUUGCUGACUCUAAAUCCAGAAAGCUUAGACUUCUGUUGUAAAGGCUUGGCAUUGGACUUUGAAGAAGGAAACUUCCUGAAGCUUGCGGAAGAUGGAACAGUCUUGAGGGCAAGUCAUGGCACUAGGAGUAUGACAUCUGAAGAGAUCCUGGAGAUUUAUGGAAGGAGGGAGUGGAAGCAUUUUAGUACAGUCAGUGGAAUGCUUUCCCGCUCAGCCAAAUACUAUCUGUAUGAUAAUUAUUUUGAUCUACCAGGAGCCCUCCUGUGUGCAAGGGUUGUGGACAGUUUAGAUCAGCAUGAUGGUCAGAAAAAAUAUGACUUCUGGAAGGACAUGGUGGCUGCUAUCCAGCAUAAUUAUAAAAUAUCAGCUUUUAAAGAGGACUGUGGGACAUAUUUCCCAGAAGUGAAAAAUCAUCCAGAAAAAUACUUGCAAAGAUGUCCCAAUUCUGUAAAAAAGUGGCUGAAACAACUGAAGAGUGCUGGGAAGAUUCUGCUACUAAUUACCAGUUCUCACAGUGACUACUGUAGGCUCCUGUGUGAAUAUAUUCUUGGAAAUGAUUUUGAAGAGUAUUUUGAUGUUGUGAUCACAAAUGCUUUGAAACCUGGCUUUUUCUCCCAUACUCCAAACCAAAGACCUUUCCGAACUCUUGAAAAUGAUGAAGAGCAAGAGGCUCUGUUAUCACUGGACAAGCCCGGCUGGUAUUCCCAAGGUAAUGCUAUCCAUCUUUAUGAACUACUGAAGAAGAUGACUGGAAAGUUGGACCCCAAGGUUGUUUAUUUUGGUGACAGCAUGCACUCAGAUAUUUUCCCAGCACGUCACUAUAGCAACUGGGAAACUGUCUUCAUCUUGGAGGAGCUUCUAGGGGACAAAGUUAUGGUGCCUACAGAGACUGAAUCUGAGCCCUUGGAGAAGAAAGGAAAAUAUGAGGGAUAUCAGCCCAAAAUUCCCUACUCUGUAUCUGAGCAGUGGGGUUCUUUCUUCGUGGACAGACUUCCAGGUCUGGAAAAUGCAGAGGAAACCUUAGUUCGUACAUGGUCCUGUAAAUGCAUUAGCACUUACAGCACUAUUGCAAUCCCUAGUCUUGAAGCAAUUGCAGAUUUACCACUGGAUUAUAGAUUUACACGAUUUUCCUCAAAUAGCUCAGCAACUGCUGGGUACUACCCAAGCCCUCCAAGAGCACUGCUGCCAAGUGAGGAAUCAGUGACUAUGAAAUAGGUUUUUGGCUUUUCUUUCAAUAACCCUGUGAUCCUUUCUUAACUGCUGUUAAAUGCUAAUUGGUGAAAAUGCUGUUUGAUGCUUCAUAAAAUAGAAUGAUGAAUUAAA